CCGGACGGGGCGAGGCCGGGCCGUUCCGAGCCGUUCCGGGAGCAGGACGGCCGGGAGCAGGAUGGCCGGGCGGCUGUUGGGCCGCUGGCUGGUCCCGCGGGCCGGGCCGGAGGCCGGGGGCUGGUUCCCCCGGGGGCGCCGCCUCCGGGCCGCGGCCGGUCCCCGAUGGUCUCAUUCCGAAAGGGAAGCUCGCUCAGAAACGUCUUCGGCCAAAGCAAUGACCGAUGUCGGAAUCCGGAGGAUCUUUUCUUCAGAACAUGACAUUUUCAGAGAAAGUGUAAGGAAAUUCUUCCUAGAAGAAGUGACGCCUCACCACACAGAGUGGGAGAAAGCCGGAGAGGUGAGUAGGGAAGUGUGGGAAAAAGCAGGAAGACAAGGAUUGUUAGGUGUCAAUAUUGCGGAGAAACACGGUGGUGUCGGCGGGGACCUGUACUCUGCAGCUGUUGUCUGGGAAGAGCAAGCUUACUCCAACUGCACGGGCCCGGGCUUUAGCCUCCAUUCCGACAUCGUCAUGCCCUACAUUGCCAACUACGGCUCGGAAGAACAAAUUCAGCGCCUCAUCCCGAAGAUGACCGCCGGCCAAUGCAUUGGCGCCAUAGCGAUGACCGAACCAGGGGCCGGAAGUGACCUGCAAGGAGUGAGGACCCAUGCAAAAAAGGAUGGAAGUGACUGGAUCCUUAAUGGUAGCAAGGUUUUCAUUACUAAUGGUUGGAUGAGUGAUUUAGUGAUAGUGGUCGCCGUUACCAACCGGGAAGCUCGCUCUCCAGCUCAUGGCAUCAGCCUUUUUCUGGUGGAAAAUGGAAUGAAAGGAUUCAUCAAAGGACGCAAGUUGCAGAAAAUGGGAAUGAAAGCCCAGGACACAGCAGAACUGUUCUUUGAAGAUGUCCGCUUGCCAGCUAGCGCUUUACUUGGCCAAGAGAAUAAUGGCUUCUAUUAUCUAAUGGCAGAACUCCCCCAGGAAAGGCUCUUAAUUGCUGAACUGGCAGUUUCAGCCUGUGAAUUCAUGUUUGAAGAAACCAGAAGUUAUGUGAAACAAAGGAAAGCUUUUGGGAAAACUGUUGCCCACCUGCAGACAGUGCAGCAUAAACUGGCGGAAUUGAAGACCCGGAUCUGCGUUACCAGGGCUUUCGUGGACAGCUGCCUCCAGCUGCAUGCCGCAAAACGGCUGGACUCUGCCACCGCUUCCAUGGCGAAAUACUGGGCUUCCGAGCUCCAAAACAGUGUAGCUUAUGAGUGUGUGCAACUCCACGGCGGAUGGGGAUACAUGUGGGAAUAUCCAAUUGCGAAAGCCUAUGUGGAUGCCCGUGUUCAGCCGAUUUAUGGAGGAACCAACGAAAUCAUGAAGGAGCUGAUUGCCAGAGAGAUUGUGCGGGACAAGUAGUGUUGUUGGCCCAUGUGGAAUUUGGUCACCACCAAGGGGUAUUUAAAUCUCUAGAUCUGAUGCAAUCUGAAAGGAAAAGAUACUGCCAUGGUUUGAAUAGGGAAUCUCUCCAUCAGAGAAAAGACAUGAUUCAGGGCAGCUCAGUUGAGGUGGUUCUUAAUCGUAGGAAUGUAAAAGAGUAAGAAAAAAGGAUAAUCCAUUCUAAGAUUCCAGAAGUGCUAAUUAUCUUUGAAGUGCUACAAAUAAUCUUUGAUUAAAUUUAUUAUUUAAAAAUUCUGAGAUACUUAAUUUUUGCUUUAAUUCCCCAAAGAGUUGCUGGUCUUAUUAGACUGACAUCAAAGUCACCGAUCAUGGUAAGCUCACUUUAAAUGUCGUAGGCUCCGUGACUAGGUCUCUGCAGCCAAACUAAAGCGGAAAAUUAAAGCUGCCUUAACUUUUCAUACACUUGCCACAGUUUUUCACUUUAGUUAGGGAGGCCUGGUCUGAUUGCCGAUUCUCAUGUCAGUGAUAUGCUUAUUUGAAGAAGAACAUCCACUGGAAAUUGUUUUCUUAACACUGGUUUGCUUCACGUUUGCCAAAAGAGUGACUCACACAUUGAGAAUUCCCAUUCCCAUUUUGAAAACUAAACCAUUCAUUUUCUAUGUGUAAAUAAUUGACCUUGUUUCUGGGUACGCUUCCUUUGUGUAUGUCGGUGAACUAUUGAGUAAAGCAUUUUAAAAUGAAGAAA